UAUUUUUGAUGCGGACUUCAUGGUGAGGUUUCUUCAUUAGUUUGUGAAAUGAUAAGUUUGUAUAUGAAAAUUACAAGUCCUCAAAGGCAAAUGACAAGUGUAGUAUAUAAAGUAACAACACUGUUAAGGCAAAUAACCGUCUAAAGAAACUAAUUGCAAACUGACAAAAUCAAUUUGUGUUCUUUAUUAGGAGUUAAUGAUCCGUGACCCAGCUCGGUGGGACCCUAACUACCAUGCACGACAAAUAAUUCCUCAAUUUGUCGGGUACAACAUAGGUGACUGUGACUUGGUUAUGGGUCCUGCACUUGUUGGUGAGCACUGGUUUUGCUUUGCCCUUGAACCCAACACCAUGAAGUUCUAUGUCCUGGAUUCCAUGCGAGGAACUGUUCAGUCUAAGAAGACCACAACUAAGAAGAAGCAAGCAGUCACCUAUGACCCUCAGGAAAUGGCCAUAGCAGGAUGUAGAGAAAGGUUCCAUGACAUUAUUGGCAUGGUUAGGCCAGAUUUGACUGAGAAAAUGCCAAAUUUGGAAAUUGUGCGGCCUGAUGUACCUCAACAGAGUAAUUUGAGGGACUGUGGGGUGCAUGUCCUAAUAUGGCUCAGCAGAUGGAAACCCAAUCUUCCACUAGAAUACACCCAGGGAGAUGUGGCAGCUUUUCGGCGUGAUCUAAUGUGGUGGCUGGUGAACCAUGAUAACAAUGAAUGCCGUGAGGAUGCGCUGAAUCUUAUUCCACAUCCACAGAAGGGGCGAACGUCCAAAAGGAGGAGAAAGUCCCUAUAG